UUUUUUUAUUUUGGGGUCCUGUCUUUUCUUUCUCCAUCUUUGACUGAAAGUGAAUAGCCAAGAAGAAACAAUAGGCUGGCUCUUGCAGCUUUCGGCGCUCUUUGUUUACUUUCUUUCUUUUCUUCUUCUUAUUUCCAGAUUUAGCCAACACCCCCAUUUCGAUUUCUUCCCAACUAUCCACACACUUAUAUAUACACACGGACUCUCAAACACCCUGCAUUGGUUUUUGUAUAUAACCCUACCCCAGUAUCCGAAGUUUCAACACACAACUCCUCCUCGGGCGAUUCAAUUUUCUUUUCUUUUCUCUGCAGGUGCUUUUGAAACACAUUAUGUAGGAACAUUACAGAAGGGAAUUGGAGAUACAUAUAAGACGGUAUUGAGCUUGACUUGUGCAUCUUCUAUGCUGUCUAUUGUAUUAGAAAAUAUGGGCUCACUCUGCAGCAAAAACCAGCAUUACAAUGAAGCGGACAAUGAAGAGAAUGCACAGACUGCAGAAAUUGAAAGGAGAAUUGAACAAGAAACGAAGGCUGAAAAACAUAUCCAGAAACUUCUCCUACUAGGUGCUGGGGAGUCAGGGAAGUCCACAAUCUUCAAGCAGAUAAAGCUUUUGUUUCAAACCGGCUUCGAUGAUGCAGAACUCAAGAGCUACAUAUCAGUCAUACAUGCCAAUGUGUAUCAGACCAUAAAAAUAUUGUAUGAUGGGUCAAAGGAGCUCGCUCAGAAUGACAGUGAAACAUAUGAAAUAUCUAGUGAAAAUCAGGAAAUUGGAGAGAAACUAUCAAAAAUAGGGGGCAGAUUGGAUUAUCCACGUCUAACUAAAGAGCUUGCACAGGAGAUAGAGACUCUUUGGAAAGAUGCAGCAAUUCAGGAAACAUAUACUCGUGGUAAUGAGCUCCAAGUUCCUGAUUGUGCCAACUAUUUCAUGGAAAAUCUACAAAGAUUAGCUGACACAAAUUACAUUCCAACCAAGGAAGAUGUUCUUUAUGCAAGAGUUCGUACAACUGGUGUUGUAGAGAUCCAGUUCAGCCCUGUUGGCGAAAACAAGAAAAGUGGUGAAGUAUAUAGACUCUUUGAUGUUGGAGGCCAGAGAAACGAGAGGAGGAAAUGGAUCCAUCUUUUUGAAGGUGUUACAGCUGUUAUAUUUUGUGCUGCUGUUAGCGAUUAUGAUCAAACACUCUUUGAAGAUGAAAGCAAGAAUCGAAUGAUGGAAACAAAGGAACUUUUUGACUGGGUCCUGAAGCAACCUUGUUUUGAGAAAACGUCCUUCAUGCUAUUUCUAAACAAGUUCGAUAUAUUCGAGAAGAAGGUUCUAAAGGUGCCACUUAAUGUGUGUGAGUGGUUCAAAGAUUACCAGCCAGUUUCUACAGGAAAACAAGAAAUUGAACAUGCAUACGAGUUUGUGAAGAAAAAAUUUGAGGAAUUGUAUUUUCAGAGCACCACCCCGGAUCGUGUGGACCGCGUGUUUAAGAUCUAUAGAACUACUGCCCUUGAUCAAAAGUUGGUGAAGAAGACUUUCAAGCUUGUGGAUGAGACCUUAAGACGGAGAAAUCUGUUCGAGGCAGGUUUGUUGUGACCAGAGAGGGACGGACCAUUUUUCUGGGCCAUAAAAGAUUGUAUUUUCACAUUUUGAGCGCUCAUAUUCCUUGAUUAUUAGCAUUUAAUUUUCCAUUAAAUCGUGUUCCGAUUAUGAGUGUCGAGACAGAUCUUUUAAGAUAUAUAAAUGAAUGAUUGUUAAUCUUUUCA